AUGGCAGUGGAAUUUAAUGACUAUGCAGACUUCGAAGAGCCCGACAUCGAUAUCAAGUCUGAUCCCAAACUUCUCAAUUCAGCCUGUGAAUUGAUGACCGCCCCCUUUACAUCCUUCAAAAAGAUUAACAGCUCACGAAAGACGUCUGCGAGGAGCGCAUCUCCCGGAAAUACCAUCUGCUCCAAUCUAGCGUAUCACCACCUUCGUAUCUUCGCCGAAGCAGACUACUUCGUAAUCGACGAGCUCCGCGACAUGGCUGAGGCGAACUUCCACAACGCCUUCCAGGAGCUCCUCUUCAGGGAGCUCAAAGCUGCGUCCGCGUGGGACCACACGCCCCGACUAAGCUUCGGCAUGGUCAUGCGCGAGCUCUAUUCACGGCGCGCCAACUACCGCAAGCUUAAAGAAAUAGCGCUGGAGCUAGUGAUGAACAAUCUACCCGAGCUCCGGCGGACAGUGUUGAAAUCACCCCUCGAGGGUUGCUUCUUUAUGGGGUCGCACCCGGAUUUCGCCGCCGAUCUGGCUUGGAUGCUUAUGGAAAAGGUGUUUCCGACGGAAUAUGGUGACCGUUUCUAUCCUUCUCUCCUGCCACAACAAUUUUCAUCAUGGGGGCGAUACGUGAGGGAGCAGAGAAUUGAGGACCAAGGAACCGUGCUGCGGUGA